CUGUGUGAAAUAUUAACUUUUGAUGACUUUUUCACUUUUGUUGUGUAGUGAGGUAUAAUGUACACACAGAAUAACAUUCCUAUAGGCUUAAUAACAUGAAUUUGUUUAUCAUAAUGUGCUAAAGAAGACGGGCAAAGGUUGUUUUUGUCCGUCUAAUAUGUAAAAGUCCUCAGUUGACAAUUUAAUGAAUGAAUAUAAUAUCAGCAGUGUUUAGCAGCUCAUGUAAAGGAAAAAUCUCACUGAUCAUUCUGACCAGAUGCGCCAGAACAUAUCGGAACCGUUAAGAAACGUUCAGAAAAACACUUUGAAAUGAGUUACAGGGUCAGAAAUUUCAAUCUCUUUAUCUCUGUGGAAGCGCUUGGGCUCUUCAGUCCCGUCUCAGAGCGCAUUUUUAUCCCCUUGAGGCCCAGCGCCCUCGCAGACUUAACGCGAUGACGGUGAACACGUCACGGUACGUACGACUGAAGUCCGCGAGGGCUCAGUCCGCAGGUCCGGUGGGUGGACAUUAGGAUUCAGCCUGUGAGAGAUGUGUGUCUCUGCAUCUGUAGCGCUCUUGGUGUUGGCGAAGCGCUACUGCAGCAGCAUCCAUCACAUGUCUUCCCUCUCUCUCUCUCUCUCUCUCUCUCUGUCCGUCCCUCCCCCUUCUCCCCCUCAAUGAUACCCGAGCGGACCAACCUGCAUCCGCGCUUUAUUGUAACCAGGCUUCCCCAGCUGUACCUAUAUGAGCCUGCGCAAUGAGCCCUCGUCAAGUGUAGGAAACCAAUAGCGCGUCUGCACAAGUGAGAGACAACACACACACACACACACACACACACACACACACAGAGUCAGAACAGACGUGAUGAAGCAGGAGCACACGGACUGUUUCCUCCGGUAAACAAGCGGAGCAGGAGCCUGGAAAUCACCGGCGGAGAGCGGAGGGGGGGAUUUUGGGGACACAGCCAUGGCGACGGGAGGAGGAGGAGGAAGAGUGAAGCGGAGGAGGAAAGCGGGGCUCCCUGGAUUGUGCUGGAAAACCUGCUACUUUCCCAUUUUGUUCUGGGUCGUUUCCGUCUGCGGAGAGGAGAAUACGUUCAUUGUGGAGACGUGGCUGAAGAACUACGGCUACCUGCUGCCUCACGACGUCCGAACGUCAGACCUGCGGCAGGAGAAAGCCAUGCAGUCCGCCGUGGCCGCCAUGCAGCGCUUCUACGGCAUCCCCGUGACGGGAAUACUGGACGAGACGACUAUAGAGUGGAUGAGGAGGCCUCGCUGUGGCGUUCCAGAUCAUCCUCACACCAGCCGCCGGCAGAGGAAUAAACGCUACGCUCUGACGGGACAGAAAUGGAGAGAUAAAAAGAUCUCCUACAGCAUAUCUAACUUCACCCCUAAAGUGGGAGAGAAAGACACCCAGAGAGCGAUCCGACAAGCCUUCAACGUGUGGCAGACCGUCACUCCGCUCUCCUUCCAGGAGGUGCCGUACUCGGAGAUCAAAAACGAGGGGAAGGAGGCUGACAUCAUGAUCUUCUUCGCCUCCGGUUUCCAUGGUGACAGCUCUCCCUUCGACGGAGAGGGGGGUUUCCUUGCCCACGCGUACUUCCCCGGCGCCGGCAUCGGAGGAGACACACACUUUGACUCUGACGAGCCCUGGACGCUGGGAAACGCCAACCAUGACGGUAAUGAUUUGUUCCUGGUGGCGGUCCAUGAGUUGGGUCAUGCGUUGGGUUUGGAGCACUCCAACGAUCCCAGUGCCAUCAUGGCUCCUUUCUACCAGUACAUGGACACACACAACUUCAAACUGCCUCUGGACGACCUGCAGGGCAUUCAGAAAAUCUACGGUAUCCCCACGGCCAUGCUGGAACCCACCAGACCGUUACCCACCUUACCUUCUCGGCGGACACACUCCACCUCCGAACGUAAGCAUGACCGUCAUUCCCGUCCGGCGCGUCCGCCCGGCGACCGGCCCGCGCUGCCUGGAAACGGCAAACCCAACAUCUGCGACGGCAACUUCAACACUGUGGCCUUCUUCAGACGAGAGAUGUUUGUCUUCAAGGACCGCUGGUUUUGGCGUCUGAGGAACAACAAGGUGCAGGAGGGUUACCCCAUGCAGAUCGAUCAGUUCUGGAAAGGUCUCCCGCCUCGCAUCGACGCCGCCUACGAGAGAUCUGACGGCAAAUUCGUCUUCUUCAAAGGCGAUAAGUACUGGGUGUUUAAGGAGGUGACGGCCGAGCCGGGUUACCCUCACAGCCUGGUGGAGCUGGGCAGCUGCCUCCCCAAAGACGGCAUCGACACGGCGCUGCGCUGGGAACCAGUCGGGAAAACCUACUUCUUCAAAGGCGACCAGUACUGGCGCUACAACGAGGAGAAACGCACGGCCGACCCGGGAUACCCCAAACCCAUCACUGUGUGGAAGGGAAUACCGGACGCACCGCAGGGGGCCUUCAUCAGCAGGGAGGGAUACUACACCUACUUCUACAAGGGGAAGGAGUACUGGAAGUUCGACAACCAGAAGCUGACGGUGGAACCUGGAUACCCCAAGUCCAUCUUGCGCGACUGGAUGGGCUGCGACCAGUCCGACAUGGAGCGCUCCGGCGGCAAUGGUAACCGUGGUGACCGCCAGCUGCCCCUCGACGACGUGGACAUCAUGGUGACCAUCAAUGACGUCCCGACGACAGUCAAUGCCAUCGCUGUGGUGAUCCCCUGCAUCCUGUCGCUGUGCAUCCUGGUCCUGGUAUACACGAUCUUUCAGUUCAAAAACAAAGGAGUGCAGCAGAACACCAUGACGCAGCACUACUACAAAUACCCCGUUCAGGAGUGGGUAUGACAGGCAACUUUGCUUAGAAGAGGUCAAAGUUCAUGAGGUGGAGAGGGUCGAGUCGUCGUCAUAUUGUAGCUUAUGUUGGCUAAUAGCCAAGAAUGCUAGCAAAGAAAAUGAAAGUCACUGCUGAAAGACGCUAAUUGUGCUAGCUACUGCUACAAGAAGGGCGCGCACUGGAAUCGCUCUGCAGGAGUAGAUGUAGACAUUUGAUCAGAGUGAGUGUGAGAUUUGUGCCUGUCUUGUGUAAAACAGGAAGGAUUCUGAUAUUGUCUUUUCCCCUGUUCUUCUCCGGGCAAGGACGCUUAAAACAAAAAUGGCUGACGACAGCAAGAACAAGUCCACAAAGACUCCAGGAAGAUUUGAUUGGCUAAGAGCAGAUAAACUGCAGAUUUUUCAGUCUCACCCACAACUUCUCUGGCUGCAAGUGAAAUGGGAUCUUAAAAGCGACACUGAACUUUGACUCUUUCUUCUGGGACCUACAACACACGACUCUCCUUCUCUGUGAAAAUAAAAAGAAAGAGGAGUAGGGGCAGAAUAUGCUCCUCAAAGCCAGACACCACCUCCAAGUCUGUUCUAAAAACAGCUUGAACUAUUUCAACUAUUAAGUCAGAUGAAAUUUAAAGAAAAAAAAGAAAAUAAAUUAUUUAAAAAUAUCAAACUUGAAGAUAAAAUGUAGGUAGAAAGGCCAUAACAAAAAGAAAACCAAUGAUCUCUCUGCGGAUCGCUGAAUUUUGUUAAAAAUUAUUUUCAGUUGUGUGGAGAUUUAAAACUGUCAAAGAGGACCUUUUUCUCUCUUUUCUCACCAUACACAACAAGAACAUCCUCAUCAGCAUUAAUUCAGACCUUUAUCAACUUAAAACUCCCCUCACUUAGUCAAACAAACCACACAGCUUGGACCAUUGGGUUUCAGCAGAACAUUAGGGUGUCAUCGGCAUAUAAUGAUAGAAUAGAUUAAUAUCAGUUUAACAGCCUUAUCUGUGUUUCCACAGGCCUAACACGUUUGCUCACAUUUAACAAACUGCACCCAGACAACCAGAGCUGAACUAGUUUUGUUCCCUCAGGUCUUGUCUUUAUCCUCGUCUUUGUGUUUUUUGUCUUUCCACGCUCUACCGGGGAGGGAGGCUCAGAGCAACAGAGAGGGAGGAUAGAGAAAGUAACAAAGAGGACAAGGAGGCAGAAUAAAGCUGGGUUUGAAGAUAGUGAGUUGGAGGGGGAGGGAGGGAUGCACAGAGGAUAUACACUACCGGUCAAAAGUUUUAGAACACCUCAAUUUUUAGGUUUUAUUGAAAUUUACUUAGUUUAAUGUCUCAAUGUACAAACAAUUGGCGAUACAAAAGAAAAGAUGUAAUCUUUUUGUUUAAUAAAAUUUAAAUCCAAGUUUUUGACUCAUCAAAGCAGCCAUCCGUUGUAGAUAUAACAGGUGAACACACUUUCUUUCUACAAUGGAAAUCAAAUAUUGAUGGAAAGCUCUUCCCAGCACUGUUGCAGAAUUUUCUACAAAUGUGUUGCACUUGCAGGCUACUUUGCUUUCACCCUUCUGUCCAGUUCAUCCCAAACCAGCUCGAUGGCUGUGUUGGUUGCAUGAUUUGAAGUCUAAUGUCUUAUUCUUUUCUUCUAAGGUAGUUCCGACAGCCUGGAGGGUUUUUUUGUAUCAUUAUCUUGCUGUUGGAUGAAUUCCUGACCAGCUAGGUGUAGACCAGAAGGUGCUGCAUGGCUCUGCUAAAUACUGCCAGUCAGUCUGUGCAAGUCACCAGCAAAGGAGCCACAGACCGUCACACUUCCUCUUCCAUGCUUUUAUACAGACAGAGGGUUUGGAAGUAAUCAGCUAAAGUUGGGAUUAGGGCUGCCGCUAAUGAUUAUUUUGAUUAUUUAUUAAUCUGUUGAUUAUUUUCUCGAUUAAUCAAUUAGUUGUUUGGUCC